AUGGCAAGUCUGAAGUUACCUACCUUCCCGAAAGUCUACAAUGUCUACUUCUUGGCCAUCAUCUCGACGGUCGGAGGUAUGCUAUUCGGCUUCGAUAUCUCUUCCAUCAGCGCCAUAGUCGUUACCGACCAAUACAUCACCUACUUCGACAACCCGGCUGGUGCAUACCAAGGUGCUAUCGGCUCUGCUUUAGCUGCUGGCUCGAUUAUUGGAUGUCUCAUUGCUGGACCGAUAUCCAACAAGAUCGGUCGUCGUGAUGCUUGCAUGUUUGCAUGUCUCUGGUGGUUGGCAGGAACCUCUAUCCAAGUUGCGACAGUAUCCCGAGGCAUGCUCAUCGCUGGUCGUAUGCUCAACGGUGUCACAGUCGGCAUCACCUCCUCCCAGGUACCAGUCUACCUUGCCGAAAUUGCGAAGAAGAACGUCCGUGGUUCCAUUCUGGUCAUCCAACAACUCGCCAUCGAAGUCGGCAUCCUACUCAUGUUCUUCAUCGGCUACGGCUGCUCUUUCAUCCCUGGUCCAAGCGCCUCUUUCAGAACAGCAUGGGGCAUCCAGUUCGUGCCUGUUGUCGUCCUGAUGAUCGGCCUACCAUUCCUGCCUCGUUCUCCGCGAUGGCUUGCAAAGGUCGGAAGGGUCGAAGAGGCCGUCGAAAUCCUUGCCAAGAUUCAAGCAAAGGGCGAUAAGACUGAUCCUAUGGUCAUCGCUGAAUGGGAAGAAAUCGCUACCGUCCUUGCAGCCGAACGUGAAGCUCUCCCUGGCUGGCGACGAUACGUCAAGAAUGGAAUGUGGAGACGAACACUUGCUGGCUUUUCCGUCCAGGCCUGGCAACAAUUGAGUGGAGCAAACGUCAUGACCUAUUACAUUGAAUACGUCUUUCUGAUGGCUGGACUAAGCGGCAAUAUCAGCCUCAUAUCUGGUGGCAUCCAAUACGCGCUCUUCAUUGUGUUCACCUUGGUGACCUUUGUCUUCAUCGAUAAGACGGGACGGCGUCCUCUACUCAUAUACGGAGCACUUGGCAUGGCCCUCUGCCACUUCGUCGUUGGUGGCAUGCUGGUCGGCUACGGACAAGCUGUGCCAGGAGGUGUUCAGGGAAAUGCCAACGUUCUGGUCAAAGUUUCCGGAUCGCCGGCUUACACUGUCAUUGCUUUCUCGUACUUGCUUAUCAUCGUCUAUGCGUUGACGCUAGCGCCUAUCGCGUGGGUGUAUGCGGCUGAGGUAUGGUCGCUGGAGACUCGUGCUAGUGGCAUGGGUAUUAGUGCUUUGGGCAAUUGGAUGUUCAAUUUUGCGCUGGGAAUGUUCAUCCCUCCUGCCUUCAAGAACAUUGGCGGUGGCCUCUUCUUCGUCUUCGGCGCACUUUGCAUCGGCGCCACAAUCCAAGCCUUCUUCUUCUAUCCCGAGACUGCUCGGAAGUCGCUUGAAGAGGUGGAGCAGAUGUUUAGGUCAGGAGGUCCCAAGCCAUGGCAUACCAAGCCCGGUGACUCGCAUCUGGAUGUCGAGGUAGAGGACAUUGAGCGGAAGGCCUCGACUGUGCAUGAGGAAGGGCGUGCACAGGUUCUGAAGAAGGACGGCACGAUUGGGAGUGCGGAUAGUGAUGAUGAGAAGAAGGAGGAUAUCUGA